AUGAAAACUCUCAGCCAACCAACUUUAAUACUUUCCUUAUUAUCACUCCUUCUCCUCCUCUUCCUAUUGGCUCAGUUCCCUCCUCCAGCACAAGCCAAGUUCUCCCGACUCGGCGUCCACAGACCGAGAAGCCCAACCCAAGCACGGCGGCAGCCUGACGACGACGACGUUGAGAGCGAUUUUGUGACGUUUUACUACAACCAGACGCUCGACCACUUCAACUACAGGCCGGAAAGUUACACCACUUUCCGGCAGAGGUACAUCGUGAACGUGAAGCACUGGGGUGGCGGCGGCGCCACCACCAACGCUCCCAUUCUGGUCUACUUUGGGCUUGAAGGCAGGAUUGAGCAUGCCUUGGAGAAUAUCGGCUUCCUCACUGAGAAUGCUCCCCAUUUCAAGGCCCUCCUGCUCUAUAUUGAGCAUCGGUACUACGGGGAGUCGGUGCCGUUUGGGUCGUGGGAGAAAGCUUCAAGGAACGCCGCUUCUCUCGGCUACUUGACCUCCGCGCAGGCGAUGGCAGAUUACGCCGCCGUCAUCCUCCACGUCAAGCGGACUCACUCGGCCGGAAACUCCCCCGUCAUCGUCGUCGGGGGAUCCUACGGUGGAAUGCUGGCAUCGUGGUUCAGGCUGAAAUACCCACACAUAGCGCUUGGAGCGCUGGCUUCGUCGGCUCCCAUCCUUUACUUCGACGGAGUUAAGCCUGGAGGCGGUUACUACUCUAUCGUCUCCAAGGAUUUCAAAGAAGCUAGCGAGAGCUGCUACAAGACGAUUCGCAAGUCGUGGGUAGAAAUUGAAAGAGUGGCUUCUAAGCGCAAUGGACUUUCAAUCCUCAGCAAGAAAUUCAAAACGUGCAGCCGUUUGAGGAGGACAUUCGAUCUAAAGGAUUACCUGGACUCCCUGUACUCGGAAGCGGCUCAGUACGACGAGCCGCCGGACUACCCCGUCGGCAUAGUCUGCAGUGCCAUCGACGGAGCCCCAAACGACGACGUUCUGGGGCAGAUAUUCGCCGGCGUCGUCGCUUACAUGGGGGACAGUUCCUGUUACGACGUCGCCUCUGACUCCGCUCCUCCUGCACCUUCAGCUAGUGCAUGGAGUUGGCAGAUGUGCAGCGAGCUCGUAUUCCCAAUAGGGCACGACGGCGGCGACGACACGAUGUUCCCGCCGGCGCCCUUUGAUCUGAAAAGCUUUACCAAAAUUUGCCGGAGCCGCUUUGGAAUCGUUCCCCAGCCUCACUGGGUCACCACGUUUUAUGGAGGCCACGACUUGAAGCUGGCUCUGCAUAGAUUUGCUAGCAACAUCAUCUUCUCGAAUGGGCUGAGAGAUCCUUACAGCAGCGGCGGGGUGUUGGAGAACAUAUCAGAUAGCAUUAUCGCGGUGUCUACAAUUAAUGGAUCUCAUAGCCUGGAUAUACUGACAUCAAUGCCAAGUGACCCCGAUUGGUUAAUCAACCAGCGCAAGACUGAGCUGGAAAUUAUUGGGCGGUGGCUUUCUAAGUACUACAUAGAUCUUGUGCAGUUUAAAUUGUUGCCAUCAAGUUAGUCUUUGUGUUACAUGUGUGAGCCAGAGCCACAAGAUAGUUGGACUGUUAGAUUGAAUGAAGG